UGUGGAUUUUUCCUUGACUUAUGCUUAUGCUUUCAUGGUGUUACAUCUGAGUGACGCAUUUUAACAACACUGCAUGCAACAUUUAUAAGCCAGCAGCAUCUCAGGUGUUUUAGUUGAAGCCACUGAGAGGACAUCACUGAUCACAAAGGCGGGAGACCCUGCGCGUUGGAAGCAUUUGAGCCUAAAUAAUAGGAGAGAUAGACGUAUACGAUCGGAUCACGCGUAAAGUGUCUCCUUAUAGUCUUCACGAAUCUCGGUUUGACUCUUCUGACUCUUAGGACGCAGCAGGAGCAGCAGUGUUUAUCGUCAGGUUCUUCUCAUCACUCCGACUUUUUUCACAGCAGCUGUAGGUGUUCUCAAUGUUCGGUAACCUGCCCUUACCCUCGGUCAGGGUCUGUUGUUAGUGCUCGAGGACGUACACUCAUACUGAGCUGCACAGACAGCUGCACCGGCCCCCUCCACGCUCAACCCCUGCGCUAUGAGCAGAGGGAGAGGAGGCCUUUCAAGAGACCACUACCACAGGCAUCCUUCGCCCGACUUCCAGGCCAAGGACAGAGACCACAGACCUGGCCCUGCCUCAUUCAACCCUAGAUCUGGCCCACAGCAGAGUCCAUAUUCAAGCUACUACCACAGUCCCGGCCAUUCCUUUGUUCCCAUACAGCCCCCAUCUCUCAUCCCCUCCGCUCCACUCAUCCCAAAUCACAAUAUAGGGGCACAUACACCAGUGCCUUACAACAGCUCUUAUAAUUACAAUUACAGUCCCAGCCCCGGUCCCAAUUCAUUCAGGCACCACCAGAUUGAGUUCUUGCGAGGACAGAAUAGUGAAGCGCCACAGUUCAGAGUGAGCCCACGUGGUGGUGGUGGUGGUGGUGGUGGUGGUGGAGGUAGGGGCAACCAGAGAUACCCAAACUCCAGCAGCAGCCCUAGAGGUAGAGGGGGGUUUAGUCAGGACCGGAAUUUUUCAUACCAGCAAAGUGUAAGAGCUCCCAGAGGCUCCCCUGGUCCUCCACACCUGAGUCAAAACCUCAGCUAUUACCCCAACAGGCAGUGGGGCAACCAAACAGACUCUCUUUAUGAAGAUUUUCAGAAUUUGUCCCUUCACCGAGACAGACAUAACAACAGAGGAGCAGAGAGGUUUGACCAACAUUCUUCAUCCAGCAGCUCAGGAUGUGUGAGUUACACAAGAAUUAACAUCCACCUCACUCCUGAAAUCCAAGACCAAGUACACAGGGCUUUGGCAGCUUUACAACCAAGUGAAACUAUUCCUGCAAAGUCUUUAGCUAAAAAGCUCCAUUUGCCCAAAAGCAUAGUUAACAGGGCUCUCUACUCUUUGGAGCGUUCGAAGAAGGCCUCCAAGCAAGGGCUCCUCCCUCCUGAGUGGAGUCUGUACAGAGAACCUCUCAGAGGCGAGGACGUUCAAAACUCUGAAACACAAAGUCCAUCGUCGCAUCUCUGUGUCGGCUCAGAACAACCUCUAAAACCUGAAGCUAAGGUUGAGCCGAAAACAGUAACAGCAGAAUACCGCGGACAAACCAAAGAAGAGGGCUCGGACACAGAAUCCACUUCUUCUCACUUCUCCUCUUUAGAGUCAUCAGACUCUGAACUAUCCCAGUCACCAGCUAUAGGUCCGCCCCACGAGAAACGACACCCCAGCUCCACCAGCUCCACUGAUAAGGAACCUCAUCCUCCCACCAUGUCGGAGCAGAAAGAGCUGGUUCUGCAGUAUCUCCUGCGUUCAAGGGAAGCCACUUCUCUUGUCAUAGCCAAGAAUCUAGGUCUUAGGAAUGCAAAGCAGGUCAAUCCCACCCUCUACGCCCUGGAGAAGCAAGGUGAAGUCAUUAAGAAUGGAGAGGUCAACCCUCCCACCUGGGAGCUCUCAGACCACCGCAGAGAAAGGAUGGAGAGGAUCCUUAAAGCUCAGUGCUUUAAGCCGGAGGAGGUUGCGAUGUCGAUAGAGGGCGAGAAGAGAGGAGGGUCCAUGUGUCUGUCGUCAUCAUCGCUACUUUCAAUACCAGGCCUGGAGCCACUGCCACAAUCAGAGAACUGGACACCUGAGCAAAGUGGGAAGGAAGUGUCGCAUUCCUCCCACCCGCCUUCAUCCUCAUCUCAAGACGAGGAAACCACUGAAGGACAGUGGGCCACAGACGACAUCCCAGAAUUCCUCAACACCAUACGGCGGGAGACAGACGCUGAGAAACGAGCAGCGGAGAAGAAUCAUUCUGUAGGAACUGUCGCUGUGUCACUGGCUGCUCCCCCUCCACAGAACCUGUUGGCCAAAUUACAGGAGUUGAGACUAAAGAACCCUGUCAGCGGCCUCAUGGAGUAUGCCCAGUAUCUGGGCCAGAACUGUGAGUUCCUGCUCCUUGACCAGUCAGGACCUUCUCAUGAUCCAAGGUUCCGUAUGCAGGUGAUGCUCAACGGAAGGCUGUUUCCUGCCGCAGAAGCUUCCAGUAAGAAGACGGCAAAAAAGGAUGCCGCUGCAGCGACCCUGCGCGUUCUUAUCGGGGAGAUGCAAGGAGGUACGAGCACGGGAGAGGUGGGAAGUGCUGCCAGUAUGGACCAAGUGAUGGAUCUACACCCAGACACCAGUGGUCCGGCCGAAGGCACAGGGGGGACUUGUGGGAGUGUGGAAGCCACGACGGAGGGGCCUCGCCAGCCACUGUCACGCUCUCUGCCUGGUGGGAAGAAUCCGGUGUCUGUCCUGAUGGAGUACAGCCAGCGCAGCGGGAAGGCCAUCGAAUUCAUCAUCACUAGGCAGGCAGGCCCACCACAUGACCCAAGGUUCAUGUACAGGGUGAAGGUAGGAGAGAGCUUGUUUCCAGAGGCCUCAGCUCCAAGCAAGAAGGCAGCCCGGCAGUUGGCGGCAGAGGAGGCUGUCAAAGAAUUAAUGUCUGAUGGGAAGCUGCAGCUCAACAGGCCUCAGUUACCCCUGGGCUCCUCCAGCGACAGUGAAGGCAGUGGUUAUGGGACUGCGUGUCCAUCUUUGCCCCCUCUGACUGCUGACGAGCUGCGAGUAGCACACGAAUCAGGAGUAGGAGACCUUAUCAACCACCUGAACAACAACGCUGUGUCAGGUCUUCUGGAGUAUGCUAGAGCGCGCGGCUUUGCAGCUGAGAUCCGACUGGUGGGCCAGUCCGGGCCUGCACAUGAGCCUAAGUUCACCUACCAGGCUAAGCUGGGUGGACGCUGGUUCCCUCCAGUGUGUGCGUCCAACAAGAAGCAGGGAAAACAGGAAGCGGCAGAUGCUGCUCUACGGGUUCUAAUAGGAGAAGCUGAGAAGGCAGCUCGUACUGGGGAGCUUAUUCCCGCUGAGCUACCAGUGAGCGGCAGCACUUUGCACGACCAGAUAGCCAUGUUGAGCCACCAGCGUUUCAACUCCCUGACCACACGCAUCCAGCACAGCCUCCUGGGACGCAAGAUUCUGGCCACCAUUGUCAUGAGGAGGGGAGAGGGCCUGGGGACUGUUGUCAGCCUGGGAACUGGAAACCGCUGCGUUAAAGGGGAGGAGCUGAGCCUUAAAGGGGAGACUGUUAAUGACUGUCACGCUGAGAUCAUCUCCAGACGGGGAUUCAUUCGAUUUCUGUACAGUGAACUGCUGAAGCACCACGAUGGCGCAGAAGAUAGCAUAUUUGAGCUAGGGGACAAUAACAAAAUGAAAGUCAAAUCGGACAUAACCUUUCACCUCUACAUCAGCACGGCACCUUGUGGGGACGGUGCUCUCUUUGACAAGUCCUGCAGUGAGGCAGGGGAUGACCUUGAGGGUCAUCAGCCUCUGUUUGAGAAUAACAAGCAGGGAAAACUCCGCACCAAAGUGGAGAAUGGCGAGGGCACCAUUCCAGUGGAGUCCAGCGACAUUGUGCCCACCUGGGACGGCAUCCAGCACGGUGAGAGGCUACGAACCAUGAGCUGCAGUGACAAAAUCCUGCGCUGGAACGUGUUGGGUCUGCAGGGGGCACUGCUCUCCCAUUUCUUGCAUCCCAUCUACCUGAAGUCCAUCACUCUGGGCUAUCUGUACAGUCACGGUCACCUGACACGUGCUGUCUGCUGCCGACUGGCCAGAGACGGUAAAGCCUUCACCCAAAGUCUCCCUCCUCCCUUCAUGCUCAACCACCCAGAGGUGGGCAGGGUGAGCGUGUACGACUCCACCCGUCACAUUGGCAAGACCAAGGAGUCCAGCGUGAACUGGAGCUUUCCUGAUAAGCACAGUGUGGAGGUGCUGGAUGGAACGAAGGGGAAUCUGGAUGGGACCAAAUUGAGCGUAUCCAGAGUGUCCAAGUCCAACCUCUUCUGCCUCUUCCGCUCUCUGUGCCAGCGGUGUGGCCGCGCUGACCUCCUCACCGUGCCUUCCUACUCCCAGGCCAAGAUGUCGGCCGUGUUCUUCCAGCAAGCCAAGCAGCAGUUCUUCCGAGCUCUCAGCAUCCACGGUUAUGGCGCCUGGAUCGGCAAACCCCUCGAGGAGAAGAGCUUUGAGUCAGGGGAGGGAAGCAGGAACAAUGGGGUGGGUUUGUCAUUGGGAUACGGCGGCAGUAGAAACGGAGCAGCAAUGGAAUUCAAGACAGAGGAGGCAUAGAGCAGUGUAGGGUGUGUGUUGAAGUGGGUAGUGUACGGUUAAUAUGCAGGGGGCGGGAUGUGGGGGGGAGCAGAAGGCAGGGACUGAUUUAAAAUGUGGGUUUGAUGGAAGUGGUGGCCAGAACUGUUUUUUCUAAUAGAACUUGGUGGAGAGGAAAAGAGAUGAAUAAGGACAUGAUUGGUGAGCGGAACAUGGUGAGGCUGAGCUGGGUCACAGAGAUCUAAUGGUGUACAGAAUUCAGUAAACACUACAGAUAAAAAGGAAGUAGUUUGAAAUCGGUAAAACAUCAUAGUAAACAUUGCAGCAAAUCGGGGUUACUGUUUUGGUCAGCUUCCUUCAUACCGUUUAUAUCUGGGUUUGCUUCAUAUUGUAAUUUGUUGUAUCGUUUGGCAUAUACUGCCAUGUUUUUCCACUCUUCCACUUGAUGUGUGAACUCAUUUUUGGACCUGUUUGAUUUUGUCCUCUUCAGUCGACUGUUUGCUGUCUAAUUUUGCCAUGAGAGCUAAAGUAGCUUACAAGUGCUGCUAAUUGGCUUUCGACCCCAUAUGGCGUGACUUAGUAGCCAUGUUUGUGUUUGUGUUUGUGAUUUAGGUUAAUUUGGAGUUCAAGUCCUCUGCCAUCAAGUGCUUUUUAUUUUUUUGCUCCGUGUUCAAAUGCGUGGAAAUUCAAGAAGAAGCCAAGGGGGGGAUGCUCUCAGCAAGGAUCACUCAAGUGAUAUGUAAUAAGUAAACAAGGAGUACAAGAGGCUUUCACUGUACAUACGAAGAAGCUUAAUUUGAGCUGUUACUCUGAUCACAAACAACCAAGCAUUUAUUCUUCAAGAUACAAGGCUUAAGCAUCCUGUACACACACUCAAUCCUUCAUCCAGGCCCCUCUUUGUGUACAAUUCAAACUUCCUGCACACACUCAGCCGUCUUUUCAUCCACGUGUUGCCAUUGUUGCUGUUAGAAUAGGUCAAGCAGCCCCUUUCAUCAGUCCCAUAAACUCUCUGUGCUUUGUGCUUUUGAAUCCAUUUCUUAUGUCAUGGCCUCAGAGGGUUACCUUUUUUAUGUUGUUUCUGUGUGAUUUUGAAUAUAUCUUUUUUUUUUUUUUUUUUUUUCACUUCUCUCAAUCAGUUCAUCAACCGCUGGCCAUGUUGGAGAGUCCUGUAGAGUGGACUCUCCUGCCUGCAGCCUACCUGCACACUGUUUUAUACAUCUCGAUCAGAAAAGGCUCUCCAGGAUCUCCAGCAUGGCCAGCUCUUGACGAAUACAAAGUGAGGUCAGUUGUGUUGUCUAAGGAGAGCAUAUGAGCUGAUCUUUCGUUUGAUUACAUGUCAAUGGAUGGUGCAAUAUAUACAUCAGGUUUAUACAUAUACAUGGACACACAGAUGCAGGGUGGGGUCCGAAAGCCUGAGUCCAGUUCCAAAAGUUCACUUUAAAAAGGGAAACUGAAGAACUGUAAAAAAAUAUCCCUCUUACUUUUUAUGAAUGCAGUAAGAAGAGAGCAAACUGUUUUGAUCAUGGUAUUUUAUUUGACAUUUUCUCACUUAUACAGAGCGUUUUGAGGAAAGAUUUUGUUUUAAGACUAACCUGAGCACACCUGAAGAUUAUGUCACAGAUAUUUAGUAAUCUGUUAAAGCUUGCUCCCACAGAUGUUUCUUAUGUUUGAAGUCUGACCACUACAACUGACUCAAACAGGUCAGCACUCCAUAAUACCAUGGACAGUUUGGUGGUGCUCUGAUGCAUGUGCAGAGCUAUAGUUUUUCAAGAGAAUAAAAGAUUUUACGACAUGCCAAGAAGGAAUCGAUACGCAGUUUGCUCUUUUACUGCAGCCCUGGAGUUCAAGCUUUAAUAGAAGACUUUAUUGUUGCCUUCAGUUGUGAUAAACACCUUUGUUUUCAUUAAGAAAGACUUCAACUAUGACUUGUAAAGAAGUGGGAAACAUUUUUCAGAGAAAGUCCUUUAUCCGGUUACAGCAGGAAGUGGAAUCUUGUUUUAAGUGUUUGUUGCAUUAGCUUAAAGAUUGCAUUAAAAUAGCAAACGUUGGAUUUAAAUGUUUUGAUUAAGGAGCUUAAGGAGUUAUUUGUUUGUAGUUUUAAUCACUAAAACGUACUUCUUGAUAUUGGACUCAGACUUUUGGACCCCACCAAUAUGCAGACAAAUUGGUGUUCAAGUUUAAUGUUGUAAAUAGACUGUGUGUGUAUGUACAUGUGUAGGUUUAAUGUAUAUAUUUUGUAAAUCAUCUAUAAUUGCUUUUCUAACAUUGUUUUAAUUGAACAUGCUGUUUUUUACCUAUGGAGUUUGGAGCAGAAAUAAAAAAAAGUAGCAAUGUUCCAGGA